AUGGGAUUUCGAGUUAAAUUCAAAGUCAAAUGUCAAGGGAUUCAUACAAAUAUUAACGAUUCAUUUUUAAUGAAUAUUAAAGAAGUAUUUUUUCAAAAAGAAUGUAAAGAUUAUAAAGGAUAUAUUAAAGUAAUAGAAAUUCAAGAUAUUAGUUGUAAAGAAAAUAAAAAAAUGUGUUUAUUUAAUUCCUCUCAAAAUGAACAAACGAAUUUUAUUGAAUUUGAAAAGAAGGUAGAUGAAGGUCAAUUAAAAAAAAUGUCAAUAAAUAUUUCAUCACCAAUAAUUGCUAUUUCUCCUAUUCAAAUUAAACAGUGUAUUGAAUUUUUAAAACCAAUAAUGAAUACAAUUAUUCAAUUUAUUCAUUUAAUUUGGAUGUCUAUUAAACGUUCGUUCAAUUUUAUUUCAUCUUUAAUUGAUGGAGAGCCAAAAGAAAAUAUAAAUACAAUAAAGAGUUAUAAUGAUUAUCAAUGUUUUAUUAAACAUUGGAUUAUUUAUAUUAAAGAUAAAGAAUGGUUUGAUGUAUUUCAAUUAAAAGGAUAUACAAGUAUGACAUAUUCAAAUGACUGGGGAAAUGAACAAUUAAGAAUAAUUUUAAUGAAUUAUCAAAUUAUUUCUUCAAGUCAUAUUAUUACAAAAGUUCCAGAUAUUCUUUGUCCUACAACAACUAUUAUUAUAUUACAAAGAAAUAAAAUAAAAGACAUUUAUUGGAAUUUAGAAAUUUGUAAUGAUAAUAUUGACAUUAAUAUUUCAUCAUCAGAUAUUUGUAAUUUAAAACAAUUAUAUAUGCAAUAUCAUCAUUUUGGCAAUGAAAAUACAAAUAAUGAAUAUUAUCCAAUUGAAUUAUAUCCAAUUCAACGUGUAUUUCAUUUAAAUAUUUCUCAAAAUGUUAAAAAAGCUUUAAGAUCACUUCAAAUACAUGGAAAUAUAGAUAUUUCAAUAUAUAAAGAUGAUAAUGAAUCUAAUAAAUGGUGGUCAUAUCCAAUAUGUAAAUUAUCAUUUGAAGAAAUGUUUAUUAGAAGAGUUAUGAAUGAAAACACUUCUUUUAAAUGGGAUGGUGAUGGGUAUAUUCAAGUUACUAGUUUUGUGUAUGAUUUAGAUGAAUGGUUCUUUGUUUUAGAACCAACAAAUUUUACUAUUAAAUCAACACAAAGGAAUAUUCCUCAAAUCUUUUGUAAAGAAGUUGCAUUAAAUGUUUUUCCAAGUUUUAUGAAAGACAUUAAUGAUUUUUGUUAUUCACUUCAAAAGAAACCAGAUAAUGACUCUAUUUCUUUUUCUGAUUUUAAAAUGAUUCAAUUUAAAAAUACAACUCCAUUUAAAGUUGUUGUUAAAACAUCAACAAAAGAAUAUACAAUUAAUGAAUUAACAGAAAUGUUAAUUUCAUUUCAUGAGUUAUUUAUUAUUCAUAUUAAUGGAUUUGAACCUAUUCAAAUUCAUCUUAAAACAAGUCAAUAUAAUCUUUUAAGAAAUGGAAAAUUUAGUGGGAAAUUAAUUGUGUUAUAUAAAAAUAAUUGUUUGACAUUAACAAGUGGUAUUCUUCUUAUAAAUCAUAUUAAUGAACAAUUUUCACUUACUUUUAAAAGUUUUCAAAAUCCAAAACCAUAUAACAUUACUUUAUCUCCAUUUAAAGAAUAUUCAUUUCAUCCAAUAAUUACUACAAUUCCUAUUCAUCUUAUGUUAUCUAAUGGUUCUUCUAUUUCAAUGCCAGAUGUAAAUGAACAACAUAAUGAUGGGAUAUUAAAGAGUGAGGUUGUAUCAUUAUCCAAUCAUUCAAUAUCAUUAAUAUUUAAUACAUCAUCAAUUGAUUCUAUCAGUUUUUAUGAAAUUCAUUUAUAUAAUAGAUUCCAAAUCAUUUCAUCAUUACCGUAUAAAACUAACUAUCACUUCAAGUCAAAUUCAAAAUCUAAUCAACUUAUUAUUGAUCCAUUUCAUUCAGAGACAAUAACUGAUAUUCCAACAGAAAUAAGUUUAAGACUAGAAAAGGCAUUGAAUGGAUAUUAUCUUCCUUCACAAGAGAGGUAUUGUUUUAAAUUACCUUCAAAUGAUAAACCAUUUCAAAUUAAUGAAUUUAUGAGAGGAAAACUUACAACAAAUGUUGGAAUAACAACACUUGAAAUAUGGAUUCCUGUUUAUGUGAUUAAUAAUUCAAUUAUUCCAAUUAUGUGGAAUGAAUUGAAAAUUAUGAAUGAUUUUAAGGCAUAUCCAUCUAGUACUUCUGUUGUUACUGAAAGUACAACAUUUGUAAUAGAAGAUAAAAGUGAUUGUUAUGCAUUUAAUGUUUCUGUUGGUUUAAAUUAUAAUAUUAUUGCUUCAUGUAAAACACAACAAUACAUUAUUACUUCAUCUCAACAUUGUUACCAACCAAAACCAAGUGAACAUAUGAUUUUUGUUUCAUUACAACAUAAAUUUGUUUUCCAUAAUGAAACAAAUUAUUCAUUUAACUUUAAAACACACCAACAAGAAGGAGUGAUAUAUCCCAAAUCAAUGAUUCCAUUACUUACAAAACAAAUAUUACUUGAACGGAAUGGUAUUAAAAGAUUAUUAAAUUUAGAUCAGUCAAUGUCAAGUGAUUUAUUUUUUGAUGGAAUAUAUCAUGUAUCAAUUAAAAGAACAAAUGAUGUAUUUGUAUGUACUUUAUCUGGAUGUUCAUCUCCAACAUUGAGAAUAGAAAAUGAAUUAAAUAUUGAUUUAGAUGUUAAACAAAAAAUGUGUAAAUAUAUUUUUCAUAUUCCAUCAAUGAAAGGAUGUCCAAUUGCAUGGGAAGACUUAAAUAAAGAAAAAACAUUCAUUAUUAAUGGAACAGAAGUUUCACCUUUUAAAAUUAAUACAACAAAAAUAAAAAUUAAUGAUAAUAAUUGUAUUGUUUCAUUUAAACUUGAAAAAGGAGUUGUUAUGAAAAUUCAAUAUCAAGAAGAAGUAGAAGAAAAUAGUAUUAAAAUAAUGGAAUUAAAAGUUUUAACUAUUGGAAUUAGUGUUUUUGAUAAAUUUGCUAAAGAAAUACUGUUUGGAAGUAUUUUUGGAUUUAAAUGUAUUGGAGGAAUAAAUGAAGAAAUAGCAUUAGAAGUUUGUUGUGAUUAUUUUCAAAUUGAUUCAAUGUGGGAAGAUAAUGUUGGACCAAUAAGUAUUGUUUCAAUGAAUUCUGAUAAAUCAGAAUGGAUAGAAGAAGAGACUCAAAGAAUGGUUCAUUUUGGUAUAUCAUUUGUUCCUUCUUUUCAAACAAGUUUAACAUAUAUUAAAUUUUUAACAUUUAAUAUUCAACCAUUAAAAAUACAAACAGAUACUUUAUUACUUUCUAAAUUAAUUCAAUUAAAAGAUGAUUUUAGAUUAUUAAAACGAUAUAAAGUAUCUAAUCCAAUGCAAUUAAUUGUAGAUUAUCUUAAAAUUAAUCCUAUUUCAUUAUCAAUUCAAAUUCAAAAUAAAGGUGUAAAUAAAAAUUCUCCUUCUUUUAUUCAAUAUUUAAGUAAUCUUGGUGGUAUUUCAUUAACUUUAAUUUUACCAUCAUUUGAUCUUAAUGAAAUUGAAUCAACACCAUCAUUAUUAAUUUCAAGUUAUAAAAAUGUUUUAAUGGAUCAAUUUGGUACUUCAACAUUAAUCUCAUUAUUUUUAGGAUUUUAUAAAAUAAAACCAAUUGAAUCAUUAUCAGCAUUUAUAUAUAGACUACCACAUUCUAGUUCAUUAUUUGAUUAUAAAGUUAUUCCAUAUGAUAUAAUUCUUACUAAAGAAAAAUUUGAAUUACUUCUCACUGGAAAUUUUGGUAUUAGAGUUUAUUUAAUUCCUUCAUUUAAAAAUACAUCUAUUAAUCUAAAAGGAUUAAAUGAAAGAAGAAAACCAAGAAGAACAAGAAUGCCAUCAUUACCUUUUGAUUUUCAUUUUGAAUUUGGAAGAAGUUUAACAAACAAAGUUGGUAUUUUUGGAGUGAUUGACUUUGUUGGGAGAUUUGAUUCAAAUGGUCAAUAUGCAAUAAUUCUUUGGAAAAAACAAAAUGAAUGGUAUUUAUCUUAUCUUAAAAGAAAUUGUUGUGAAAAUGACGUUUCUUUAAUUUGGAAUUGUCUGGGUACUUUAAUUACUUCAUUUACUUCAACUUCUAAUGGUAUUGAAGUAAAUGCUGAUACAACUAAAUAUAUUCAAAAUUUUCCAUCAUCUCAAAUUCAAAAAAUCAAAGAUUUAUUAUUCAAUUCAAAAGAAUUAAUUGGAGAUAUUUCACAUUCAAUUUCUUUCAAUUAA